AUGGCGACAGAGAACACCACGUCUGAGACGCUCCGCCGUUACCCUCUCAAAGGGUCCUGUCACUGCGGCACCAUCAAGUACAUCCUGCACCUCAAGCUCCCCCAUAAAGCACAUCUAGACCCACGACCUCGCCAAAGGAUCUAUCGCUGCAACUGUAACAUCUGCCACAAAGCCGGCUUCCUCCAUGCCCGCCCCGACUCGGCCCCAGACGACUUCCUCCUCCUCUCACCACUGGACCCCAUGAAGGAGCUAGGUGAUUACCAGUGUGAUGCGAAGCAACUUCACUUUUUCUUCUGCAAGACCUGCGGCGUGCGGUGCUUCACAUUCAUGGGACAGGGAGAGGUGGUCGACGCAGAUCUAGACGCUCUUGGCGUGGGCGAGGAAACCGUCAAGGCCUGGCGGCCGAACUUGAAAGGCUGGACAGAGGGCAAAAGAGAUCAUGGGUGUUAUCUGAGUGUAAACGCCCACACGCUGGAGCCGAACCAACCGGGGUUUGACCUGCGAGAAUGGGUUGAGAAGAAAUGGGUAUGCUACGUGGACUACCUCAAAGCUGGUACGGACGAGGAAAUGAGCUUUCCAAGGUAUGAGAGGCCGUUUGAGGGAGGGACCUACUAG